CGGUCCUCCCCGCCGGCCCGCGCGCCUUCGCAGCUCCCGGCUCGCGCCGUCCGCGUAGCCGGAUCCGCGGAGGCGAGGAGGCGGGGGCUACACAAGAUGGCGGACCUGUCGCUGCUCCAGGAGGAUCUGCAGGAAGACGGGGACGGACUUGGUGUGGAUGACUACAGCUCAGAGUCUGAUGUGAUUAUUAUACCUUCAGCCCUGGACUUCAUCUCACAAGAUGAAAUGUUGACGCCGCUGGGAAGAUUGGACAAGUAUGCUGCAAGUGAGAACGUAUUUAACAGACAAAUGGUGGCCCGGAGUUUGCUGGAUACAUUGAGGGAAGUCUGUGAUGAUGAAAGAGACUGUAUUGCAGUUUUGGAAAGAAUUAGCAGAUUAGCUGAUGAUUCAGAACCAACUGUGAGAGCAGAACUGAUGGAACAAGUGCCUCAUAUCGCACUAUUUUGUCAAGAAAACCGGCCUUCAAUACCAUAUGCUUUUUCCAAAUACUUACUACCUAUUGUGGUUAGAUAUCUUGCAGAUCAGAACAAUCAGGUGAGGAAAACAAGUCAGGCAGCUUUGCUGGCUCUGCUGGAGCAGGAGCUGAUUGAGCGAUUUGAUGUAGAGACCAAAGUAUGCCCCGUCCUCAUAGAGCUGACUGCCCCAGAUAGUAAUGAUGAUGUGAAAACAGAAGCUGUGGCUAUAAUGUGCAGGAUGGCUCCCAUGGUUGGGAAGGAUAUUACAGAACGUCUUAUCCUCCCUCGAUUUUGCGAGAUGUGCUGUGAUUGUAGAAUGUUUCAUGUUCGAAAGGUCUGUGCUGCCAAUUUUGGAGACAUUUGCAGUGUAGUUGGCCAGCAAGCUACUGAGGAAAUGUUGCUGCCCAGGUUUUUCCAGCUGUGUUCUGACAAUGUGUGGGGAGUCCGGAAGGCGUGUGCAGAGUGCUUCAUGGCAGUUUCAUGUGCAACAUGUCAGGAAAUCCGAAGGACCAAGCUAUCAGCACUGUUUAUUAACUUGAUCAGUGAUCCCUCACGUUGGGUUCGCCAAGCAGCUUUUCAGUCUCUGGGACCUUUCAUAUCUACUUUUGCUAAUCCAUCUAGCUCAGGCCAAUAUUUUAAAGAAGAAAGCAAAAGUUCAGAAGAUAGGCCAGUAGAAGACCAAAAUAGGAUCUGCAAUCAAGAUGUCCCUGGGGAAGGACAGAUGAGGUCAGAAGCUGUUCCUUCAGAUCUCAGUGUAUCUAAUUCCAGUGUUAAACUGGAAAACAUGCUGGAAGAUGAUGCUGUAGAAGCAUUCAGGAGCUCUUCAGAUGAAAUAAGCAUUCCAGUGGACAGUUCUUUACUUUGUACUUUGUCUUCAGAAUUUCAUCAGGAAGCAACUAGUCAUGAGAAUGAUAAAACACCUGGUAACUACCAGUCUGCAUUGCAACCAGAAUUUGGCACCAGUUCCCAAGAUUCUGCUCCCUUAGAUCAGGAAUUGUACAACUCUUUCCAUUUCUGGAGGACUCCUCUUCCUGAAAUUGAUCUAGAUAUAGAACUCCAGGAGGACUCUGGGAAGAGUCCUAGCUCAGAGAGAGCAGAGGAAGCACUGGAAGUUCCUGUGCCUGGUUCUCCAAACAUCACCAUGGCCACCAGGAAGGAACUAGAAGAAAUGAUAGAAAACCUGGAGCCCCACAUUGAUGACCCAGAUGUUAAAGCACAGGUGGAAGUGUUGUCUGCUGCGCUGCGUGCUUCUAGUUUGGAUGCUCAUGAGGAGGUCAUUGGUAUAGAUCAAACACAGGAGCUGCAAGAAGAGCAGGGUAUAAAGGAGCUACCCAAUUGUAAUAUAAGUCAAGAAGAGUCUGUGCCUCUAAUCAGCAAAUCUGUUGAGAAUGUAGAUGCCACUCCUCAGUACGUCCAUAGCAGUGCAGAUGUGAGCAGCAGCAGUGACUUCAGCCCUGACCAAGAAAGACGGCCUAAAGUGCAGGACAUUGUGCCUCAGGCUUUGUUAGACCAAUACUUGUCUAUGACUGAUCCCUCCCGUGCACAAACGGUUGACACUGAAAUCGCUAAGCAUUGUGCAUACAGCCUGCCAGGUGUUGCCCUGACCUUGGGCAGGCAGAAUUGGCACUGUUUGAGAGAGACUUACGAGACCUUGGCAUCAGACAUGCAGUGGAAAGUUCGAAGAACCUUGGCAUUCUCCAUCCAUGAGCUUGCAGUUAUUCUUGGAGAUCAGUUGACAGCUGCAGAUCUGGUUCCAAUUUUUAAUGGAUUUUUAAAAGACCUUGAUGAAGUCAGGAUAGGUGUCCUUAAACACUUGCAUGAUUUUCUAAAGCUUCUUCAUAUUGACAAAAGGAGAGAAUACCUUUAUCAGCUUCAGGAGUUUUUGGUGACAGAUAACAGUAGAAAUUGGCGCUUUCGAGCUGAACUGGCUGAGCAGCUGAUUUUACUUCUAGAAUUAUAUAGUCCCAGAGAUGUUUAUGACUAUUUACGUCCCAUUGCUCUAAAUCUGUGUGCAGACAAAGUUUCUUCAGUUCGUUGGAUUUCCUACAAGUUGGUCAGUGAGAUGGUGAAGAAGCUGCACAUGGCAACACCCCCAAAUUUUGGAGUAGACCUCAUCCAUGAGCUGGUGGAGAAUUUUGGCAGGUGCCCCAAGUGGUCUGGUCGGCAAGCUUUUGUCUUUGUUUGCCAGACUGUCAUUGAGGAUGAUUGCCUACCCAUGGACCAGUUUGCUGUGCAUCUGAUGCCACACUUACUAACCUUGGCCAAUGACAGAGUUCCAAAUGUGAGAGUGCUACUUGCAAAAACAUUAAGACAAACUCUCCUCGAAAAAGAAUGUUUCUUAACCUCAGCUGGCUGUCAUCAGGAAGCCGUGGAGCAGACUGUCAUGGCACUUCAGAUGGACCGAGACAGCGAUGUCAAAUAUUUUGCAAGCAUCCAUCCUGCCAGCACCAAACUCUCUGAAGAUGCCAUGAGCACAGCUUCCUCAACCUACUAAAAACCAUGAACCUUGGUGUCUGUGUCCACAAGAACCAAGGUUCGACCACUGAAUGCGGGUCUGGGACAGCUGUGGGGGGAAGAAACCUUCCUCCCAUUGACUUAUCAUAGGUGCCAGUUGCCUACACCUGAUACCAGGGGUUUUAAGAGUCAAGAGAAAGUACAGUAAACACUAUUAUCUUAUCUUGACUGAAGGGAAAGUAAUUUCUCAGAGGAUUGUAAUCGUCACCAAAGCCUUAACUCCUUCGUCUUCCUGACUGAAUGAAACUUGAAUUGGCAAAGCAUAUUCCUUUUGGGAAGGAUGAGGUUCCCAGAGACCUGCAUUGCUUUCUCCUGGUUUUAUUUAAUGACUGAUAAGUGGCAUUCUUUGGCCAGAAGGCGGAUGUGCACCUGGAUAUGAAAGACCUUCAGUAUUAGCCCUAACCAUUUCCUCUAGGCAUGGAUGUUGGGCUCUGGGGCAGGCUAGCCCAGCCCUAAGUGUGAAUAGUUCUUGAUGUGUGUAAAUGGCAAAAGAGAUUUGUUUUCUAAGGGCUUGAUGCUAACACUAAAAUAGAAUCUGAUUUUAACCCUUAAAUGCAGCAUAUUGCUGUACACAUUUACAGAAUGUUUGCUGAAAAUCUGUCCUUUUUUUUUUCAUGCUGGUCAUGACCUGAAGGAAAUUUCUUAGUACAUAUAUGGUAUGUCAGGAGUUUUUAACUUGAUCAUGGUCAGCUCUGAGGUGCAACUUUUUCUUCCCAUGCUGUACAUACCUGUGACCACUCUGGGAGUGUGCAGUCUUUAAUCAUGCUGUUAGAACUGUCAUGGUACAAGUUCUCUUGUCCAAAUAAAAUUUAUUAAUAAGAUCUAUAAAGAAAGAUAUAUACACUUUUGAUUGUUUUCUAGAUGUCUAUGAAUAAAUGAAAUAUGACUUGUAUUAAUGACUUAGUAUAAAGUGGGAAAACUAGAUUAAAAUGCUUUUAACUAGUUUGAA